AUGGCGCACAACAACACUGCCCUCCUCUCCCAUGAUGGUGCUCAUUUCAGCUUCCAGAAUGUUAACGUAGCUGUAGCAUGUCUUUACUUCCUCGUGUUCCCUGUUGCGUUUCUGCUCAACGGGGUUGCCGCAUGGGUUUCCUUGCACCUCUCGUCCACCUCUACCUUCAUAGUGUAUCUCAAAAACCUUGUGGCUGCUGAUCUGCUCAUGACGCUGAUGAUCCCAGCUAUGGCAGCGAGUAAACUACCUGGAGCAUCAGUGUGGUUGCAGGCGUUCGACUGCCGCUACUCUUCUGUCAUUUUCUACUGCUGUCUGUACACGAGUAUCUCCCUAAUGGGUCUCAUCAGCCUCGACCGCUUCUUCAAAAUUGUUCGCCCGUUUGGAAAAGUGUUGGGACAAAGCGUUGCCUUCAGUGUUGCUACAUCCACAUUGGUUUGGUUGGUGUUAUUCGGGACCACAGUUGUCCCAACCAUAAUUCUGACGGACAAGAGUCAUGUGAAUGUAACGACAGAUUUCUGCAUGUCCCUGAAAAGUCCAGCUGGUAUGAUCCUUCAUAACUAUGUGGUUCUGCUCAUGGAGACCCUCUUCUGGCUCGUCACUAUACUGACAGUGUUUUGCUACAUCUGCAUCACCCUGAGAGUCCUGCAGUCCUUCAGGAGCUCUGGCAGCAACAACAACCAAGGAAAAAAGAAGACCAAGCUACGAGUCUUUUUGAUCCUCUUUGUGUUUUCUGUAUGUUUCAUGCCCCUUCACAUUAUGCGUAUUCCCUUCACACUGCAUGAAGUCUUUCAUAUUGCUGAGAGUACAGAGACAAACUGGUGGACAUGUUGA